CAUUUAGUAGGGAGGUAUGUGGGUUCGGACGCAGUCUGAACGCUUUCCAGAUGUCUCACUGAGGUGGGCUUUCCCUCUCUGAACGUAGGGCUUCAAGUUUAGAGCUGUGCUAAACAUACUCCUCAUACACACAUGGGACAAGGAGAGGUGCUGCAUCUAACACACACACACACACACUCUCCUGGGAAAGUUUUUCUCUGCUAGGAUGUAUAGCAGUGGACUAUUUUUGCUUAUUUUUAUCACAUGCCAGAUGCCCGGAUCUCAGAGCCAGGAGUGUGUGAGCAGACAGGAGGUCCAGAGCACUCUACGACAUGUCCAUAAGCUGCUCUCGGCGCACGAGACCUCCUUCUUACAGAGUGUACGCAGCCUGCGCAAGAAACUCGACCUGCUACACAACAACACGAUCAAACACGGCAGCAACAUCAAUGCGGGCAAGAACAGCACACCAAUAUGCCUGCCUCCAAACCCACCAGCCAACGGCAGGAUGCUGGGCCAAGUGUUCAAAGUGGGCCAUGAAGUUCACUUCCUCUGCAACCCUGGUUUCCAGCUGUCAGGGCCAGAGACUAGGGAGUGUCUGGAUUCUCUCAGAUGGAGUGGAGAAGAGCCAACCUGCCAAAGGAUAGAUGCUGGAGCACACAAUAACCCUACCACCUCCAUUCCCACAUCUACCUCACCAUCCUCUCCACCUUCAGUCUCUGUGCGUCCCUCUCGCUGUAUCGAGUUCCAGGACUCCAUGCACUGCACAUGCGAGCAAGGCUACAGCAUCUCCAGGCAGGACAGAAGCUUGUGCACAGACAUUGAUGAAUGUGAGCUCUUCCGUAUGACCCAAGCUGGCCGUCUAUGUUUGCACAUGUGUAUGAACACGGCUGGAAGCUACUACUGCCAAUGUCCCACCGGCUACAGCAUCAGCAAAGACAACCGGGGCUGCCAAGAUAUUGACGAGUGCGAGACCGCAGCUCAUAACUGUACCAAAGAUCAGGUGUGCGUGAACACAUUCGGAGGUCACAGAUGCAUGGUAGUCGAAUGCCCUCGCUUCCGCAAUGCCUCCUACAUCAAGACCUCACCUCUGCAAUGUGAGCGUAAUCCCUGUGUCCAGGGGAACAAAGCUUGUCUCAAGGCUCCCCUCUCCAUCAGCUUUCACUUCAUGUCAGUAGUAUCGAACAUGAGCACACCACGCGUCCUGUUCCGGGUUUCAGCAGCCCGUGUUCUGGGAGACGCCCUGCGCUUUGGACUGCUGGGAAGUCGAGGGGCAGGGCAUUUCACCCUCCAGCGCUCGAGCAGACAGAGCGGGGAGCUGCUGCUGGUGGAGCCGGUGCAAGGUCCGGCCACGCUGGAGGCUGAGGUGGAGAUGAGCGAGCUGGAGAGGAGAACACUGCUGGGACGAUACGUUACAAAGGUUACACUCUUUGUGUCCCCAUACAGCUUCUGAAACACAGUGAAGAGAAAACGAGACUUCGAGAGUAAAGUGAUCUCGCUACCGUGACUUACAAACUACACAAGAACUGAAAGGAAGUAACAACAGAUUUCCAGCUAGGCAAAUCGACAAAAAUGUUUUAUUUCAAAUCUAUUAAGCGACACUCAUCAUUUUGUUCUUUUU